AAACAAAUACUUGCAGUUCAGUAUUGGGUUGCAGUAUUUAAGUUUAUAAUGGAGCAGUCUUAUCCCAUACCUCCCUUUUUCCUAAUUAGUAAUGUUCCGAUUAGCCAGACUUACGGUUACCAAGCUGCAGUUGCCCCUUUGUAUUGUUCGAGGUAUUCGUUACGUAUAUCAAAAUGAUGAGUAAGGCUGUAAGCAUUAAUGCAGGUGUGUAACGCAAUAUAUUCACUUUGGUCGAAGGAACUCUCAGAUUAAAUGACUAUGUUUUCCACUUAGAGUUGCAAUGUAUGUUUAACGCCUGGAGAAAGACUCGUUUUUGGAAGUACGUAUAUAGGUCAGCAUUGGUUUUAGUUUUCGGAAACGUUUUUAAGUGACGAGUGCUGAAAUUGGGGUAUAAUGGGCUUUGCUUGGAAUGUUUUCGGUUGCUACGGAUUUCCGUGAAGAUUUAUUGUUCUCCGAUUAUGACAAAAAUAAAGGAAACGCUUGGUUUAAGAAAAACCCCUUUGUUUGAGCGCGAUUUUUCAAACAAGGGAAUUAAGCCAAUAGAAUUGCAACAAUCGGCCAAUUUUUUAUGGUUUACUAACUGCCGCCAAUGAGAAUCCGCUCUGACAUCACCCGCUUAGAAGAGUAUGGAUAUUUGCAUAUAAACAGAAUAUGUGCACGGGCAACGGCAGGAGGGGACAUUCGAUUUCUAUCAACUGAAAAAAAUGCCUGAGCCCGCUAAGUCCGCGCCUAAGAAAGGUUCCAAGAAAGCCGUUACCAAAACGGCAGGGAAAGGAGGAAAAAAGCGCAAGAGGUCUAGGAAGGAAAGUUAUGCCAUCUACGUGUAUAAGGUCUUGAAACAAGUGCAUCCUGACACCGGUAUUUCAUCAAAGGCCAUGGGCAUCAUGAACUCCUUUGUCAACGACAUUUUUGAACGCAUUGCUGGUGAGUCUUCCCGUUUGGCUCAUUACAACAAGCGUUCCACCAUCACCUCGAGGGAGAUUCAGACCGCCGUGCGCCUGUUGCUGCCUGGAGAGCUGGCCAAACACGCUGUGUCUGAGGGCACAAAGGCUGUUACGAAGUACACGAGCUCCAAGUGAACUACCGCAAUGAUGCUCAACCCAAAGGCUCUUUUAAGAGCCACUAACAUUGUAAACAAAAGGCAAAAACCAUGAAUCUUGGUAUUUAUGAAUGGAAUAAGUAGAUAAAUGGGAAGUGCUUACUUUUAA